CUCGACCAGACACGCACUUUCCAGUCCGGGCCUUGACGGCGGUCCCCAGACAGACACAGGGAAACAAUGAUAAAGAGAGUUCUGCAUACUAUGAUGGCGGGAAAGUAAAGAUUUAGAAGUAGUCACAUGGACGUCUAAAAGGCCACAAAAAAUGGACAUCAGGUCAUUUUUUAGCCCAGGUUUCAAGGCAAAAUCAUCAAGCAGCAGUGAUGAAAAAGGCAAAGGCAGUUCAAAGGCUAAAGCAAGUGCAAGUAAUCAAUUGGCCAGUAAAAGAAAGAAAACGAGCAAGAAAAGGGCCUUGGAUUCAGAUUCUGAUGAAGAACCUUUGCCGCAAAAACUGAGAAAAACCACUUCAACAAAGACUGUCAUUGUCGAAUCAGAUGAUGAAGAUUUAGCCAUUGUUAAAAAGUCAAAGAAUGUAAAAGAUUCUACACCAAAAAAGGGUGAUAAACGCAAAUGGAAAAAUGAAGAGAAAGUAGCAAAGCCAAAGGAGGUACUCAAGCCAACCAAUGCUGAUGACUUUUUUGGCUCAACUCCAGUAGCGCAGAAGACAAAGACUUCGCUGUUAAGUAAAGCAAGAACACAAAAAGAUAGCAGUCAAACCAAAGCAAGUGAAGGCUCAACUGGGAAAAAAAAAGAAUCACAAAAAAUUGAUGACGAGUUCAUGGAGAUUAUAGAUGACGAUGAUGACGAUUUUGAAAAAAGUAUACAGGAACUGGAAUCAUGUGACAAAAGCAACAAGAAAGAGAAGCAAAGAACAAGUCUGGAAAAGCCCAAGUUUAUCAAUGAAUCGCCGAUACCGAAGAAGACGGGAGGUGGCAAAAAAGUAAACGAAAAGGGGCCUAAGAAAGAUGAAGAAAGGGAACCUCUAAAAAAGACCUCACCUAUGAAACCUUCUCCAACCAAAGCUAAGCAAGUGAGAAGUGGUGGAAACAAAAAGGAAGAAGAGUCAAAGAAGACUCCUGAAAAGCCGAAGGAAGCAUCAGAAGAAAAAAAGAAACAAGAAGCUACUCCAGUCGAAAAAAAGAAAUCGUUUUACGCGUAUAAAGCUCGAGAGGGCCCGAGAAAUCUUGGUGCUAAGGAGUUACCGCAGGGCGCAGAUAAUUGUCUUGAGGGCUUAUCCUUUGUCAUCACCGGUAUUCUCGAGUCAAUAGAAAGGGAGCAAGCAGUCGACCUUGUCAAACGUCAUGGUGGUAAAGUGGUAUCUGCUGUGAGCAAGAAAACAAGCUACCUUGUUGUUGGAAGAGACCCGGGAGAAAGCAAAAUUUCAAAGGCAUCAAAUUUUGGGACAAAACAACUCGACGAAGAUAAAUUUUUUGACCUCAUCAGACAGAUGCCAGGAAAAGUUUCUAAAUAUGAACCACCACAAGAGAAAAAGAAAAAUGAGCCUUACAAAUCUCCAUCCACGACAAUUACUUCUGAGAGUAAGUAUUUCAAGAGCGAUGAGAAGACACAUGUAGAGUCUAAUACCUCGUUGCAGCAAGAUCAUAGCAAGAAGGCAGAUACAAGGGAGCAGAGUCAAUCAAGCCAACUGAGUCAAUCAAGCCAGCCGAGUCAAUCUACACAGUCAAGUCAAGACAUAUCUCAGCAAAAAGCAGAAACUUUGCUGUGGGUAGACAAAUACAAACCAAAAGUAAUGAAGAACAUUGUUGGUCAGCAUGGUGACAAGAGCAACGCGAAGAAACUUCUGAACUGGCUUUUGAAGUGGGCUGACAAUAAUCAAGGAGGAGCCAAGCCGAAAGGAAAGGGUGGUUUUUUUGCUGGGAAAGAAGAUGGAUCAAUCUUUAAAUGUGCUCUCCUUUCGGGUCCACCGGGAGUAGGAAAGACAACAACAGCAACAAUUGUAUGCCAGGAAGCUGGCUAUUCCUUUAUGGAAAUGAAUGCUAGUGAUACCCGAAGCAAAAAGACUUUGCAGCAAUAUAUAACCGAAGUGUUGUCAAAUAAGACUAUGGACCAUUCCUUGAGUGGGAAGAGAGAAACUGUGACAGGACGCCAUGCGCUUAUUAUGGACGAAGUUGAUGGAAUGGCUGGAAACGAGGAUAGAGGAGGAGUGCAGGAACUCAUUGGACUGAUUAAAGGAACGAAAAUUCCAAUUAUUUGCAUGUGUAACGACAGAAAUCACCCAAAGAUUCGAAGUCUGGCGAAUUAUUGUUUCGAUCUCAGAUUCUACAAACCUAGAAUCGAACAGAUCAAGGGAUUUGCAAUGUCAGUAUCAUGUAAAGAGGGGCUUAGAAUUCCACCCCCGGUUAUGGAGCAGAUAAUCGUUGGUGCCAAUCAAGAUAUAAGACAGGUUCUUCAUAAUUUGCAAAUGUGGUCAUCCACCAAGAAGUCGAUGACUUACGAUGAAGCAAAGAAUGAGGCCCAGAAAUCCCACAAAAAUAUCAAAAUUGGCCCAUUUGACAUUACCAAGAGACUCUUCUCUGCAUCUGAUUCUCAAAAUAUGAGUUUGCAAGAUAAACUCAGUUUAUUUUUCGAAGAUUAUUCUUUCGUGCCGCUGUUUAUUCAAGAGAAUUACUUACUCUCGAAUCCAUUGCAAGCAAGAGGCAGUAAGCGAAAGGUUCUUGAUCUUAUGAGCUCAGCUGCAGAUUUUAUAGCCGACAGUAAUUUGGUUGAGAAGAAGAUUAGAGAGGCUCAAGCCUGGAGUUUGUUGCCCCUCCAGGGCUUUUUCUCCUGCGUCGCUGCUCCUGAUAUGAUGCGUGGUGGUUUAGGACAGCGAAUUAAUUUUCCUCAAUGGCUAGGAAAAAACUCAAGCCAGGGAAAGCACGAUAGAAUACUUCAAGAGCUGAAAGUUCACACUCGUUUGAGCUGUUUAGCUGGGAAGUCAGAUCUUAACAUGGACUAUCUUUGGUUGAUGAAGAAGAAGUUGGUCGAACCUCUAGUCAGCCCGGGUGAUGACGUCAACGGCUCCGUGAGAGAAGUAAUCGACUUUAUGAAUUCUUACAACUUAACUCGUGAGGACUUUGAAUCUAUAACUGACAUUGGAAAAUGGGAAUCUCAAUCUGAUGUAGCUGCCUCGAUCCCAUCAAAGGUUAAAGCUGCUUUCACGCGCACCUACAACAAAGAUGUACACCUUGCUCCUUAUGCAACUGGCUCUGUUGCUAAGAAGAGACGCGUUGCUGUGGAAGAAGAUAUAGGCGAAGGAGGUGCCGCGGAGUCUGGGGAGGAGAGUAACAAUGAUGACGAUGACAUCACUAAAGACUCAAUGAUAAAAUUAUCUAAAAAGAAACCAGGUGAGACUGUUCAAAGUAAAGGGGGACGAGGGAGAGGAAAAGCUGCAGGGAGAGGUAGAGGAAAGAAGUAAUGCCUAGCAAUGCAAUUCGCAUUCAAAGUUGGGGCACCCAACCCCCUAGGAAAGCAGGUGAUUUAACAUAAAAGGAUAGUCGAAAGAAUCUACAGCGAAAUGUCAAGUUCAUUUUCGCUGAAAAUUUGUGCUGUUAUGUUAAUGAAUACAUAUUACAUCAUUUAGCGAAAAAAUGCAAUGUUUUUCGUAUUAAUUUCUCAUAUAUACGUUAUGUCAGAUAAUUAGGUCUUAUUUCGCUUCAGCUUAUCACAAAAUAUUGUGAUGAAAUGAUUGUUAUCUACGCAAAGUUGUUUAAUUAUUUGCGUUAUUGCUUUCAUUUUGAAAGAACUUGCUACAUAAACAUACAUUGCUAAGUUUGCGUGCUUCGUGUACUAACCAUGGCUCAAUUAAGAAUGCAUCAUUGACUCUGCUGAAAAAUGCAGCUAAAUUUAUCAGAAUCAUAUUUGACCUUCAUAAAUGUUAUCUUUAUAGUAAAUGAUAUCUCUUGCGAUUGUUUACGUCCAAUUCGACAUUGAGCUGUAACUCUUCAUGCAGAUAAGUAUGGCGCCCAAAGCUGUGUGGAGAAUACGAUAAACUUCGCUUAUCUUUGUCGUCUAAUGAAGAAUUGGCCACCUGUCGUGAUUAAGGCUUCUUAAUUGGUAAGCAAUAGAACACCAUAAAGGACACCCUAUCAUCAACGACUCACAAUAAUGCUUUCUCUGCUGCCCUUUUGUCUCCUGGAUUGUUUGCGCCUUCUCCCGUAUCUAAUCUCAGCAGUAGCUGAAACUAAUCAAUCUAUCUUCCUGUGAUUAACUGAAUGGACCUUCCAUGUAGAUUUGUUUUCAAGUGACCGAACCCUCAUUAAACUUUUAUCAUCAUUGUGAUUUUAACAUUUUGGAACUAAUUUACUUCGCGCUUGCUUUCAGGGCUCUCUACCCAGCCAAAGCGUUUGGUAUAAAUGCAAAUGCUCGACUUUCUGCUAAUGCGCAUCAUUUGUGUUGACUGAACAAGCUCUAAAUGUAAGGCAAUUAGUGUUACUGAAUUCAUGAUUGUUGAUAGUAUAGAAGAGUUAUGUACACGCCUACAAAGACACGUGCUGGCAAGCAUUCAUAGACUCGCGUUUAUAUAUUUGUAUGUAGUUAAGGCUCAUGCUCAAACGGCAUGCUUUGCGAUUUUAGAACUUCAAAACCAGCGAAAUAUCGUUUCUCCAGCCCAUUUCUACUCGCGUAAAAAAACAAAUACCGCAAAGCAUGCCGGUCGCACAAAAGCCUUAACGAUGAUGAGGGCUAUCAAUAAUCUCAGAAAAGGCCGUUUUUGUUUUUAUCCCAUUGAAGAUGAAACAUCUAGCGACGAGACUACAGUUCUAUGGACGUUCUUGGUCUUGACCGAUCUUCAGUUAAGCCAGUUCAAAUACAUUCUGGAAUAUUCUGUAGGUACCAAGAUAAAGCAUAAAAGUUUUCAAGCGAGAAGAAAUUUGCAUGUUACGAAUUCAUUGAGUUUGAUGUUGAAAUAGUUUUGACAAGAAAAGUACUUUUAGUCGGAGAUUUCUUAGAACUACUUUGCAUACUCCAUGCCAGUGUCUCACUUCUUCCAAACUAAUCACCACCUUUUUCAUCCAAGUCUCAUUUUCUGCAGAUUUCCUGUAUUCACAACUGGGUAUAUGAAUUUCCUAGCUUCAAAAUUUCGAUCAUUUCAUUCUGAGGUUUUUUACACUGAAAUAGUGCCAGAAAAAAAAGCGUAAGCACGUUUUAAGAUUUGUGCUUUUCCAAAGCCUUUUUUAGGAUUUUUGUACAACCGAAAAGUUGUUUUCCCAAAGGCGUAGGAAUCAAAAGGCAAGGCGUUUUAAGCACCGCUUCCCAGUACACUAAUAACUACCUUCGGAAGCAAUGUAAUGAUAAAUACAAAUGCAAAAAGUGCUCAACUCUUUUGCGGAAAAAUUACUGUUUUGGAUUGCUGUAUGAACUGAUGACGAAAAGAUUAUUUAAAAUGAAAUUAUUCGCUGCUUUCAUUAUUGUGUCAAGGAAUUUCGAUUCCAAAAACUGCCAUGCAAAUCAAACCGUUUCAGUGUUCAUAUGAAUCACCACACGACAACACCUCAUUUUUCGGAUUACUAGAGGCCUCGAAUCCCCAAAAAAUCUUUUUAAAACGGGCCAUGUUAGUAAUUGAUUCCUCCAAGGAUCAACAACUAACAACCAUGAAAAGUGUCUUUAUUCCGGAGAUUAAUAGUAUAUAGGUUUGUCCAUUGUGUGGUUUUAGCAUUCUGUUGCAUUGGUGCCCAAUUGUGGAUUUUAUUGCCUUUGAAUACCUUCCAUUUCGGCAGACAAGGCGUAGCCACCUAUAAUCAGACUGAGAUAAGAAUUAAAUGAGCUUAUUCAUCCAAAUGAGUAGCCUGCAGUCAAAGACCUGCGCAGGAAGCACAAAGAUAACACUGCCAUUUUAGUUGCCUAGUGUUGCAGCGUAAGAAUAACAACAUCACAAACAAAUAAGUGCAAACAACAAAUUGCUUUCUAGCCGAGUCAAUCCAUUAUUGAUAAUUUUCUGUGGUGCAGCUAUUGUCUGUGCAAGCAAAUAUGGCAGAUGGAUGAAUGGAUUACUUUAGGCUCUGUCUCUUGUUAGAGUCAUAUUUUUAAAGCAUUGUUACUUCACCAAAAAUGCAAGUUUAUAAACGCGUCAGCUUACUGUAAUUUAGUCGACUAUUCAGUUCAAUUGUUGGCGUUUCGUUAUGUCAUAUCUAAGAUGAGCGUACAUCUAUUUAGGGUACGCUGUCAGAGUUUUUCGGCCAAUCUGCAAAAGCUGGGAGUAAGAACCAUCCAAUUAACCCCGAAGAUAGAAAAUCAGACAACUUUAUCACGAAAGUCUUCAGAUGUAUUACAUUGCGUGGCCUCUAACCUACCUCCUCACGAAAACUAUCGAUUGUCGUUAGGUAACUAUUGAAUAAGUUAAAGAUUUGGAUGCGAAAAUGACACCCUACACGAUCACUUGCGCGUGGUAUCAAAAUGGUGCCCUAUUCUAAGCUGCAAGUAUCAUGCUUCUCUUUUCCUUUCAUUUUGAUAAUAUAUAUUUAAAAAAAAUGCCGGCAAUCGUGUUUCGAAAUUCUUAGUCAAAUCUCUGUUAUCCUACCAGUUGAUGUUACGCGAUUAGACAAACUGAUGAAAAAAUAUCAUCAAGUCAAAUGUUAUCAUUGACCACGCGUGUGCUAAAUGCUUUUAUAUUAUCAAAUAAAUUAAUUUUUGAAAAUAACAUAUAAUCGACGCCCUGCCAAAGACGUCUCCAUAGCCUUAGUAGACUUUCAAUUGUUGCCAGAUUUUUCUUGGAGGUCGACAAAUUUUGAAUGAUGUUGAAUUGCUCCGCCAUUGAAAUACCUUUUAUUUGCUCAGGCAUAUAGUUAUGACGUCCUAAGUUUUUAUCUUUAAUAUAAUUUUCUUUCAAUUUUGACGACGUUGUCUUUUAUUUUGUUACACGACAAAUCUGCAUGCUUUCGCUUGAUUUUGGAACUGUUUAGCAGUAGCGUCACGCAAAUUAUCAAAUGCUUUCACCCUUAUCUCUAUAUUUGUCACACAUUUUCAAAUAAUGGUUGCCACCAUACUCCUUAAGAAUCACUCACUUUUAGGGCCUGUUCACACUACUCCGUUUUCAAAUGAAAACGGAGUCAAACUAAUUCGUUUUUGCCUUGCGUUCACACUACUCUGCUAUGAAAACGGAGUCGUUUGAAAACGCUAAUGAAAACGGAUACUUUCUAAUACGGUGCGUAUUGAAUACGCUCCGUUUUCAGUGAGAACACCAAAAGCGGAGACAUGUGAAAACGCUAACAUCGGCAG